GCUGCACAGCGCCCGGGGCGGGCGAGGCCCCUGGUCAACAGCCGAGGCCAGGCUGCAGCCGAGCCGGGUGGAGAGCGCGGGCUGCAGCCGGAGCUCGGGCCCCAGUCCCGAUACUGGAUGGAGCGAGGGGAGGAGCUGCAAGUCCCAGAUCUCAGCAAACGCGAGGACAGUGAGAGCUGGCCGGGCCCCCAAACAGGUGAGAGGCUGGCGAGCGUGGCCGGGGCAGAGGAUGCUGCACCGGGAAGGGGCGGCACCAGCGCUGAUGCGGAGCUGGUGGGGGGAGCGUGGCACAAAGACCCUGCUGCGGGGGCAGAGGAAGCGGUGCCAGGAGGCGGCGCCAGGGUGGAGGAGGCGGUGCCGGGAGGCAGCGCUGAGGCAGAGCCGGCGCGGCACGGAGACCCCACCCUCCGGCGGCCCUUUCAGUGCAGCGAGUGUGGGAAGAGCUUCCGGCAGAGCGCCGCGCUGACCAGGCACCAGCUCCUGCACACGAGCGAGAGGCCCUACGUCUGCACCGCCUGCAGCCGAGGCUUUUGCGACGGCGCGGCGCUGGCCGCCCACCAACGGGCGCACGCGGGCGAGCGCCCCUUCCCCUGCCGGGCGUGCGGCAAGGCCUUCGCCAGCAGCUCGGCGCUGCUGGUGCAUCAGCUCGUGCACACGGGCGAGCGUCCCUACCGCUGCGGGGAGUGCGGGCAGCGCUUCCGGCAGAGCGCCCACCUGGCGCAGCACCGGCAGGGGGCCCGCGCCGGCCCGCGCCCCCACGCCUGCCCUCACUGCGGCGAGAGCUUCGGGCUGCGCUGCCGGCUGGCGCGGCACCUGCAGGCCCACCGCCUGGAACGCCCCCACGCCUGCCCCGACUGCCCCCGCCGCUUCCGCCACCGCGCCCACCUGCUCCGGCACCGGCCGGCGCACACGGGCGAGCGCCCCUUCCCCUGCCCGGUCUGCGGCAAGGCCUUCGCCCUGAGCGCCACGUUGCUGCGGCACCAGCUGGCGCACACGGGCGAGCGCCCCCACCGCUGCGGGGAGUGCGGGCGCGGCUACACCCAGCGCUCCUACCUGCACCGGCACCAGCGCAGCGCCCACGCCGGCCAGCGCCCCCACGCCUGCCCCGAGUGCGGCCAGGCCUUCGCCGACCGGGCCAACCUCCUGCGGCACCGGCGGGGCCACGCGGGCGCCCGCCCCCACGCCUGCGCCGAGUGCGGGCGGCGCUUUGCCCAGCGGGCCAGCCUGGCGGAGCACCGCCGGCGGCACACGGGCGAGAAGCCUCACGCCUGCCCCCGCUGCGGGCGCCGCUUCCGCCACCGCUCGGCCCUGCUUCGCCACCAGCGCUCCCACACCGGGGGGCGCCCUUUCCGCUGCGGGCAGUGCGGGCGCGGCUACACCCGCAGCUCCAACCUGCUGCUGCACCAGCGGGUGCAUGCUGCUGAGUGACGUCCCCGCCCCCCCCAGGACCAUCGCCGGCAUCCGGGGCCUCCCCCGCCCCUCGCGCUGGGAUUCACGCCCUGACCAGAGUCCGCCCUCGUGCGUGGCCGCUCCCCGCCCGCUGCUCAGGAACGGGGGUGGCUGGGCCAGGCCUGCGUUUCCCGUCCAGGCACUGAGUGUGAGUGAAGCUGCACUGACGAGGGAGGACACUUCUUUGCCAAGCCCCCCUUGGGGCGCCGGGGCUGAGCUGGUUGUUCCCCCUGCCCCAGACACUGGUGCUGCGCCAUGGGGCGGCCACAGCCAGGACCCUGUAGGAACGUCAGCUUGGCACACAAGGGAGCUAAGUGGCUGGAGUGUGACGAGACAGACGCUGGAGCUGCCCAUACCCUGCCGGCCCUGCCCCACUGCUGCCCCCUCACUCACAUCCAUGUGCUCGCUCCCGCAGAAGUCGGCCGAGUCGGUCCUUCAUCAGCUUCUCAAUGAUGUCACCGCGGCUCCAGCCGCUGAAUGCCACCUUGCCGGGCAGGUAGCCCAUGUCCUGCAUGAGAGGGACGGGCAGGGUGAGGGGCCCACUCCUGCCAGCCAGCUGCGGCCGGGACUGGUCAGGCCAGGCUGCGCCCGCUGCAGAACAGAGCAAGACGUGGAUUUGCCCUGGGUGCUUCGAUGCAGCUGGGGGGCUGCUCCCCACAAGGGUGGCCAUGAGAUUUCCAACCCAUCCCGCCGAGCAGGGCCUCCCCCACCUGGGCACAGCCCGUGCCCCAGAUUGGGGCCUCCCACCCUCCCCACCUCUGGCCAAGCACAGCCCCCAGCCUCCCACGUCCUGCUGAGCACAGACCCCCUCUCCCCUCAUUUCCUCCCCCUAGAGAUUCCCAACAUUCUGUUCGCUUUCCUGGCUGCCGCUGCACAUUUAAGGCCGAUCGUUAUGGGUAGAAUUGUCAAGGGGAGCUUAAGGCAGCACCCACUGGCUUCUAGGCUUUAACUCCCUUAGGAGUCCUGGACAAUCCAUCCUGCAUGUUACUGACACGUACAGUGCCGAUUCCGGGGUGGGAUUCUCCACUGCCUUAUGCCUAGUGUAGUCAUUUGCAUCUGUACCGGGGGUGAACAGUGAACGCUCCACUCAGCUACACCAGCAGUAGCAUUUCACCCCCUGUAGGAGAGCCAGGUGCAGUGUGACUCAGUUUCCCCCAACUGCUAAGGUAGAUUUAGGUGCUUUGGGGUGGCAUAGACUCUUGUUUCUCAUCAGAGGGCAAACUUCCAGCCAAAGCACCUCUUCCUUAGGCCACUAUGAGGAGACACCCAAGCGCAGGGCUGCCUCUUUUUAUACCCCUUCUGUUAAUCACAUGCUCCGUGAGGUCUUGCGCUCAGGGACCACAGCUCCAGAGUUCCCGGCCUUAAAGGGGCCAGGACCCAUAGUGGACAGGCUGGUGGCACCCUGCUCUUAAAGGCCCAGCUAGCUCAGUUACACGCGCACCUCGGUGUAAAUGACUGCACCAGCAGCCGGGCUAUGGAGAACCACGUCUAUUGUUCUUAUGUUGGGUGCCAAUUAAGGUGUACAGAAUGGAGAGACACUGCCCCUUAGUGGUGGGGCAGAUGGUAGAGUCUUGGAAUGAUUACAGCAGUGAUUCUCAACUGGGAGUAUGCGUCCCCCUGGGGUACGCAGAGCUCUUCCAGGGGGUACAUCGACUCAUCUAGAUAUUACAAGCUACAUAAAAAGCACUAGUGAAAUCAGUACAAACUAAAAUUUCAUACAGACAAUGACUUGUUUAUACUGCUCUAUAGACUGUGCAUUGAAAUGUAAGUACAGUAUUUAUAUUCCCAUUGAUUUAUUUUAUAAUUAGAUGGUAAAUGAGAAAGUCAGCAUUUUUUCAGUAAUAGUGGCUGUGACACUUUUGUAUUUUUAUGUCUGAUUUUGGAAGCAAGUCAUUUUUAAGUGAGAUUAAACUUGGGGUACUCAAGACAAAUCAGCCUCCUGAAAGGGGUACAGUGGUCUGGAAAGGUUGAGAACCACUGGAUUACCGCCUGGAAAGACUCUUGCUUCCAGUGAUGAUAAGCAGAUGAAAAGAAUGGGCCACUAAUUUGGAACCUACACAAGGAACUACUUUGGGCAACGUAUAGACAACCUGUGGAACUCCCUGCUGCAGGAGUCAGAUGCAGGUGGAUUAGGGUUGCCAACCCUGCAGGAUUGUCCUGGAGUCUCCAGGAAAUUAAAGAUCCAUCU